CGCCUCCUGGUACAAGAGCGCACCCGUGCCCAGCGGCUGGACUCCGCUGCCGGGAGUGCCGUCUCCCUCAGGCAGCCCGAAACGCGUCGGGCCAUGGCCGAGGGCGCCGCCGGCAGGGAGGCUCCGGUACCGCCCGACGCGGCUGGGAGCGAAGGCGACCCCCGAGCGGGUCUGGACGCCGCCUCCUGGGACAGCGUCGCGGAGGCCUCUGGGGGCCGGAUGAGAGACCGUCGCAGCGGGGUCGCACUGCCGGGCCCCGCCGGGGCCCCAGCAGACGCCGAGGCCGCCCUCCUGGAGGCGGCACGGACGACCCCCCGACGCAGCAGCAUCAUCAAGGAUCCUUCAAACCAAAAAUGUGGUGGAAGAAAGAAAACUGUGUCUUUCAGCAGCAUGCCAUCAGAAAAGAAAAUCAGCAGUGCAAAUGACUGUAUCAGCUUCAUGCAAGCUGGCUGUGAACUGAAGAAAGUUCGGCCAAAUUCUCGCAUUUACAACCGUUUUUUUACUCUGGACACAGACCUCCAAGCUCUUCGCUGGGAACCUUCCAAGAAAGACCUUGAGAAAGCUAAGCUUGAUAUUUCUGCCAUAAAAGAGAUCAGACUGGGAAAGAACACAGAAACAUUUAGAAAUAAUGGCCUUGCUGACCAGAUCUGUGAGGACUGUGCCUUUUCCAUCCUCCAUGGGGAAAACUAUGAGUCUCUGGACCUAGUUGCCAAUUCAGCAGACGUAGCAAACAUCUGGGUGUCUGGGUUAAGGUAUCUGGUUUCUCGCAGUAAGCAACCCCUUGAUUUUGUGGAGGGCAACCAGAACACACCAAGGUUCAUGUGGUUGAAAACAGUGUUCGAAGCAGCAGAUAUCGAUGGGAAUGGGAUUAUGUUGGAAGAUACCUCUGUACAGUUAAUAAAACAACUCAACCCUACCCUGAAGGAAUCCAAGAUCAGGUUAAAGUUUAAAGAAAUCCAGAAGAGCAAAGAAAAACUAACCACCCGAGUGACAGAAGAGGAAUUUUGUGAAGCUUUUUGUGAACUUUGUACCAGGCCAGAAGUGUAUUUCUUACUUGUACAGAUAUCUAAAAACAAAGAAUAUUUGGAUGCCAAUGACCUCAUGCUGUUUUUAGAAGCUGAGCAAGGAGUUGCCCACAUCACUGAGGAUAUGUGCUUAGACAUCAUUAGGAGAUAUGAACUUUCUGAAGAAGGACGUCAGAAAGGGUUUCUUGCAAUUGAUGGCUUUACCCAGUAUUUAUUGUCACCAGAAUGUGACAUUUUUGAUCCUGAGCAAAAGAAGGUUGCCCAAGAUAUGACCCAGCCAUUAUCUCACUACUAUAUCAAUGCCUCUCAUAACACAUAUCUGAUAGAAGACCAGUUCAGAGGACCAGCUGAUAUCAACGGGUAUGUUAGAGCUUUGAAAAUGGGCUGUCGAAGCAUUGAACUUGAUGUAAGUGAUGGUUCAGACAAUGAACCAAUCCUUUGUAAUCGAAAUAACACGACAGCACAUGUUUCCUUUAGAAGUGUCAUAGAGGUGAUACAUAAAUUUGCCUUUGUUGCUUCUGAAUACCCACUCAUUCUUUGCUUGGGGAAUCACUGCUCCUUACCACAGCAGAAGGUAAUGGUUCAACAGAUGAAAAAAGUCUUUGGCAAUAAACUCUAUACUGAAGCACCUUUGCCAUCAGAAUCCUACCUCCCAUCACCAGAAAGAUUAAAAAGAAUGAUCAUUGUGAAAGGAAAGAAAUUGCCUUCUGAUUCAGAUGUGUUAGAAGGAGAAGUAACAGAUGAAGAUGAAGAAGCUGAAAUGUCUCGAAGGAUGUCAGUAGAUUACAAUGGUGAGCAGAAACAAAUCUGGCUCUGUAAGGAGCUCUCGGAUUUGGUAACUAUUUGUAAAUCCGUUCAGUACAGGGAUUUUGAACUGUCUAUGAAAAGCCAAAACUAUUGGGAAAUUUGUUCAUUUAGUGAAACAGAGGCCAGCCGGAUUGCAAAUGAAUACCCAGAGGAUUUUGUAAAUUAUAAUAAAAAGUUCUUAUCAAGAAUCUAUCCAAGUGCCAUGAGGAUCGAUUCCAGUAACUUGAAUCCACAGGACUAUUGGAAUUGUGGCUGUCAGAUUGUGGCAAUGAAUUUUCAGACUCCAGGUCCAAUGAUGGACCUUCACACAGGCUGGUUUCUUCAAAAUGGAGGAUGUGGUUAUGUUCUGAGACCGUCCAUCAUGCGAGAUGAAGUUUCUUACUUCAGCGCAAAUACGAAGGGCAUUGUACCUGGAGUGUCUCCUCUAGCUCUUCAUAUCAAGAUCAUCAGUGGUCAGAAUUUCCCAAAGCCCAAGGGAGCUUGUGCCAAAGGGGAUGUCAUAGAUCCCUAUGUUUGUAUAGAGAUACAUGGAAUUCCAGCGGACUGCUCAGAACAAAGAACUAAAACUGUGCAACAAAACAGUGAUAAUCCCAUUUUUGAUGAAACUUUUGAGUUUCAAGUAAACCUACCUGAGCUGGCCAUGAUCCGUUUCGUCGUUCUUGAUGAUGACUACAUUGGGGAUGAGUUUAUAGGGCAAUAUACAAUACCAUUUGAAUGUUUGCAGCCUGGAUAUCGGCAUGUUCCCCUGCGCUCCUUUGUGGGUGACAUCAUGGAGCAUGUGACCCUUUUUGUCCACAUAGCAAUAACUAAUCGAAGUGGAGGAGGGAAGGCACAGAAGCGCAGCCUUUCAGUGAGAAUGGGAAAGAAAGUUCGGGAAUAUACCAUGCUCAGGAAUAUCGGUCUUAAAACCAUAGAUGACAUCUUUAAAAUAGCAGUCCAUCCCUUACGAGAAGCCAUAGAUAUGAGAGAAAAUAUGCAGAAUGCCAUAGUGUCUGUUAAGGAACUGUGUGGACUUCCUCCAAUUGCCAGUCUGAAGCAGUCCCUGUUGACCUUGUCCUCUCGGCUCAUCACCAGUGACAAUACUCCCUCAGUCUCUCUUGUGAUGAAAGACAGCUUUCCUUACCUGGAGCCUUUGGGUACAAUUCCAGAUGUGCAGAAAAAGAUGCUGGCUGCCUAUGAUCUGAUGAUUCAAGAGAGCCGGUUUCUCAUAGAAAUGGCAGACACAAUCCAGGAAAAGAUUGUACAGUGUCAGAAAGCAGGGAUGGAGUUCCAUGAAGAACUUCAUAAUUUGGGGGCAAAAGAAGGCUUGAAAGGAAGAAAGCUCAACAAGGCAACUGAGAGCUUUGCUUGGAACAUUACAGUAUUGAAGGGCCAAGGAGAUCUGUUGAAGAAUGCCAAGAAUGAAGCUAUAGAAAACAUGAAGCAGAUCCAGCUGGCAUGCUUGUCUUGUGGACUGAGCAAAGCCCCCAGCAGCGCAGCCGAGGCCAAGAGCAAGCGCAGCCUGGAAGCCAUAGAGGAGAAGGAAAGCGGCGAGGAGAACGGGAAGCUGUGACGCUGCCGAUACCUUCAGGGAGCCUUCUUGGCAACGAUUCUGGUUUCUCAUUCUUGUUUUCUUUCUUUAAGUUCACGAAAAGAUGCCCACUGUUGGGUGUUGAACAUAGACAGAUAUUUUCACAAUGUCAGUAUUUUAAUGUAAUUUAUCUAAGUUAAAACCUCUAGUAGCAGUGUUUUAAAUUCUGAGAUGUGUGUACACACCCAUGUGUGGAUGCCUGUGAAAGUGUGUGUGUGUGUGUGUGUGUGUGUGUGUGUCUGAGAGAGAGAGAGAGAGAGAGAGAGACUGUGCAAAUCUAUUUUGUGUUGCAUUAUUCAUUUAGUAAGUUAUUCCUUUAUCAUUUUUGGACAAAUGUGUUCAUCUGAAGUUCUAAAGAGCACUUACUGUAACCUGUUGCUGUGUUUAAUUUUACUUCUUUGCCUUUGUCAUUUAAUUUACAGAUUUUAGCAUACUUUAUUAUUGAAGGAAGCCAAAUUUAUCAAAGCAUAGA